AUGAGGUCCCGCAUCUCUCUUCCACUAGGCGUCACCCUCUUCGCCUUCACCGCCACCGCUUAUCAGUCCGCCCCUCAGGAUCUGCCGGUACCAACAAGACAGCUCGAGUGGAAGGAUGCCAACUUUCUUAGCAUAUCAGACUCUCAUGGUUGGCUACUGGGGCACCAGCAUGCGACAUGGCCAGAGCCCAAUUACUCUGGCGACUAUGGAACCUUUGCCUCGUUUGUCAGUCAUAUGCGGAGAAUAGCGGAGGAGAAGGAGGUCGAUCUCUUACUCGUUGACGCUGGUGAUCACCACGACGGCUCGGGCCUCGUGUCUUCUUCUGCGACUUCUGCCUCCUCCGCCGAGGACAUCUUCUCUCUCCUUUCGUAUGAUAUCAUCACAUGUGGAAAUCAUGAGCUGUACAAGUACAAAGACGCGUACGAGGAAUGGGAAAAUCAGGAGAGAUGGCAUGGCCGUUACGUGACCUCGAACGUCAAUAUCACCAUCCCGAAAGGGGAUGCUUUUGAGAGUGUACCUCUCGGCAAAACGCAUCUCAAAUUCACUACCAAACUGGGGCGCAAAGUGACAGCUUUCGGUGUGAUAUUUGACUGUAGGGGCAUCACUGUCCAGAAACCUUCAAAGGUUGUCGAGGAGGAGUGGUUCCAGGAUGUCAUCACAGAAGCUCCCGACUACUUUGUUGUGGCAGGUCAUAUGCCGGUCCGUGGAGAAACGGGGGAGUUUAUGACCGUGUUUGAUGCCAUCCGCAAGAAGCACCCCAAGGUCCCCGUGUACUUCUUCGGUGGUCAUACGCAUGUCAGGGACUGUGUCCAAUAUGACGAUAGGGCUAUCGGCGUGGUACCCGGGCGAUAUUUGGAGUCCGUAGCGUUCACUUCAUCAUCUUUGCCCUCGUACAAUGAUGAUGGAAAGCCUUUGGACGUUGCUAGGCGAUAUCUCGAUGCUAACCCCGUCUCGCGCUGGCACACCAACACCACGGAUGACACGUUCAACCUUGACAUUGGCCGUCGUAUCCAAGUGGCUCUUGCGCGCCUCUCUUCCUCACUCAAAAUCACCAAAUUGUAUGGUCUGGCGCCGCACGACUACUUUUUGACUCGACACCCCUGGGGUCAUCCCCGUUCGGUAGCGACGUUGUUUUCAGACAAGGUCAUUCCAGAUAUUCUGGAGGAUAAAGAGCGGGGUAGAGGGCAAAAGGGUGACGUUGGAGGCGAGAGACUCGUUGUUGGGAAUGCCGGGAGCUUGCGAUUUGACCUCUUCCAAGGCAGAUUUGACAGGAAUGACGAACUCACAGUUUCUCCAUUUGGCACAACGUUCCUAUACACCCGCCUUCCAGCAGGCCUGGCUCGAAACAUCACAGACCAGAUGAACCGCAAUGGCGCUUCCAAAUUGGUUCCAUCGUUGACUCCUUCCACACCGGUAGAAGAAGAAGCGCGUGUUCAGAGGAUCUAUGAAGAUUGGAUGAGGGAGCAAUCUUUGGAUUAUGAGCUGCAGCAGGAGGAGACGAGGUUGAGAACCGUGGGGCGAGGAGACCAGGCUGUUUUGGGUUUGGAAGGGGUAUCCCAGGUCAAGCCUAGGACGCUUGGCUUUGUGACAAAAGACAAGUGUCCAGGGAAAGGAGACGAUAUCGAGCAUAUACCCGUACCUUUCUACGAGGCUCAACCCGACUUUGUCUCCUCUCCAUUCCCUGAAGAUAUGCCGGACGACCAGGAGAUGGACGUUGUCUGUAUGGACUUUGCCCUCGAUGACUUCUUGACAGCAGUGAAUACCCUUGACCCUACUAUCAACCUUCAACCAUCCCAUAUGAAGCCUUAUGCCGAAGGCUUGACUAUUCAGGACGUCUUUGGAAAGUACGCAGAGAAGCAUUGGAGGAAAGGUCUUUAG